AUGAAGCUGCUGUCUUUAUUCCUUCUGGCCUAUAUUGCAUAUACUGCCGCUAAAGUUGUUCCUGCUUCAACCAGCAAUCACCUGAGCAUUGACCAGCAUGGCAAAAGGGUUUAUGGGGAUGUGGCCGAGGAUAAGUGCGACUACUAUUGUCCCGAAAAGGAUCCUACUGUGUGUGCCAGCAAUGGACAAUGCCUCCUGAAGUUUGAGAGCCGCUGUGCCAUGACAGCCUACAACUGCCGCAAUCCCCAGAAAAUGUUUAAGCUCGUGGAGGACCAUCGUUGCGCGCAGGACUGGCAGCCUCUCUGCAUGGAGUCGGACCUGAGGGAGUUCGGCUUGUGA